AUGCGCGCUGUCCCACGCUUUCUCGCUGCUGGCGUGCGCCGUGCGUUCGUGCACGCGCUGCGUGGCCUGCACGCGCCGAACCCGGCGGCCGGUGUCACAGCAGAGCGUGCCUGGAAGCUGUUCCUGCUGGUGCCACGCCUUUUGUUGGCGCGACCGCACGCAACGGGUGCAGCUGGCCGCGCCGCCUUAUUAGAGCGGAUCCGAGCCUUCGAGGCUGGGUGCUGGCGCGAACUGCUGGAAGCGGCGCCGUCUCCGGAGCAGCGCCUGCAGCAAUCCGCAGGCACUGAUGCGGAGCGGAUGCGCGAGCGCGCUUGCGCGCAGGUACGCCGCGGUCAGUUGUCGCGCGCGCGCCAGACGCUCACCAGCGCUCCUUUGGCGCCGGGCAAUGCGGCUACGUUACGCCUCCUUUCGGACCCCGACAAGCGACCGCCCCGUCCGCGCCAGCCGAUGCCGGACGACAUAGCCAGCUUCCGUGCAGCAGACCGUGUCCACCUCACUGCAGCUGAGUUGGGAGAAGCUUUGCGCACGGCUAAGCGUGGCAGCGCUGCUGGCCUGUCCGGCGCGGCGGUGGAACACUAUCGCUUGCUGCUGGAGGACGAGGAGGCGAUGGACUUGCUAGCGCACGCGGCAUCCCUUUUGGCGAAUGCUGAUGCGCCCGCCGCCGUGCUGCAAGCCCUCGCGUUGUCCCGGCUCACCGCCCUUUCCAAGCCCGGCGGCGGCGUGCGCGGGAUCGCGACUGGAGACACGCUACGCCGACUGGUGUCACGAGCGUUGGCGCGACAGUAUGCUGACACGUUCGACCGCGCCACGCGGCCCUUCCAGUUCGCGCUUCAGGCCCAUGCGGGGACGGAUUGCUUGGCAGCGAUGCUGCGCGCGGCGAGCGAGUUGGAUGCCGACGCCACCAUCGUCUCGCUCGACGGAAGGAGCGCCUAUGACACGGUCUCACGUGCCGCCUUCCUGAAGAAGCUGCGCGAGGUCGCUCCAGCCCUCGUCCCAUAUGUGCGGGCGUGGUACGGCGGCACCUCCACGUACCUGUGGUGGGACGCCGAGGGCCGGCGCCACGAGAUCUCGCAAGGUGACGGCUGCGAGCAGGGAGAUGCGUUAGCGCCGGCUCUGUACUCCCUGGCGCAACACGAUGCCCUAGCUGCGGCGCAAGGGCGAUUGCAGCCGGGGGAGUUCCUUGCCGCUUUUCUGGACGACUUGUACCUCGUCACCACUCCAGCUCGCGCCCGGUCAGCGCUAGAUGAUGUCACGCGCACGGUCGAGCGGCAGGCUGGUGUCGCAGCUAAUCUCGGGAAGACUCGGGUCUAUCGCGCAAGUGGCGGGCCGCCCCCGCCCGAUAUCGCAGUGCUCGGACCCGAAGUCUGGUGCGGAGGUGACAGUGAACCGGCAACUGGCAACUUGCGGCUUUGUUGCAUUGGGCGUGCCGAUCGGGCAUACGGAGUUCGUGCGACGCACUCUCGCGGCAAGGCUUGA